GAAGGGAUCGGUGGAGCGAGCGAAAUAUCAAAUAUCCAAUUUAUGUUCAAUGCGGGCGAUGUAUCCUAAGUUUUUUGACAAAUAUGACGCAAAAAAUGAUUUCAAUAAAUUGGAUUACUUUGCAUUUAGUGCCUAUUUACCGAAACUUACCCAAGACCACUACAGAGUUUAUGUGCUGCAUGUUACCAAUGACGGCAUUACACCAGAUAUUUUGUUGGAGUGUUUCAGAUUUUGCAUUCUGAAAUGUGAAUACAUCAAGGCGCAUGAUUAUUGCACCGGUACUGUAACCAUCUUGGAUUACAGGAAAAUUAAUGUGCCGAAAUUUAUAGCAGCUAUAGACAUAGCAACAUUCCAUCAAUUCCUUUGUAUUUUAAUGGAAGGUUAUGUCCUAAGGCUACAAGGCAUCCACAUAGUGACAUCAUCGAAAGCAAUUGAAGCAUUCGUUAAAAUAGUAAAGCCUAUAUUUGGACCAAAAGUAUCUAAAAGAAUUCAUAUCCACGCAAAAAUAGAGACUGUGUAUGAUUAUGUACCUCAAAAUAUAUUGCCUUCUUCUGAUCUUGGAGGGAGCGAGGAAUCUAUGGCUGUGUUACAAGGUAUGGUAUGUAUAAAUAUGUAA